UGGCAAUUUCUUCCCGUCUCAAACUCCCUUCGAAUUUGUGUCUGUCUAUCUCUCUCUUGUUUGUCUCUCCACAAAACACAUUUUCCUUCACAGAACCAGAGAUUAAAUAAAACCCCAUUUCUCCUCAAAGAAUAUUAUUAAUCCCUUCCUUCUUGCUGGUUAGUUGGAACUCCUCACAUGGUGGGCAUUUUUGGUUCUGGCUCUCCGCCCGGACUUCUUAUUUUUUUCCUUUUGGACUCCUUCUCAACGAGAAGCUAUCGAUCAAUCGCUUGGAUGUAAUUUGUGUGUGGUGGUAUUUGAUGUGAAGGAAUCAAAAGAUGUUGGGAAGCUUGCUUACCAGAAUUCUUAUAUUGUUUCUUGGGUAUGCAUACCCAGCAUUUGAGUGUUAUAAAACUGUGGAGAAGAACAGAGUUGAGAUUGAAGAACUCCGCCUUUGGUGUCAGUAUUGGAUAAUUGUGGCAAUGCUCACAGUUGUUGAGAGGGUUGGAGAUGUAUUCAUCUCAUGGUUGCCCAUGUAUGGUGAGGGGAAGGUGGCCCUUUUCAUCUACCUAUGGCAUCCAAAGACCAUGGGAACUGGGUUUGUGUACAAGACCUUCCUGAGGCCAUAUGUAGCAAAGCAUGAGACAGACAUAGACGGGAAGUUGCUUGAGAUGAGAGCAAGAGCCUGGGAUUUGACUGUUUUCUACUGGCAGAACUGCGCCCAAUACGGCCACGCUGCUUUCCUCCAAGCCCUUCAGUACUUGGCUGCUAACUCCACAAACUUCGGUGUCAAAACCACCACCGAGUCGCAGACAGUCGAUGAUGAUCAGCAGGACGCCACAGCGCCAGCACCGCAGCAGCCAAACGUGCCGCUUCGCAAACCGAGCGGAAAGAACAAGUGGCCGCCAGAAUCCCCACCAGCAACACCCAAUGGCAGAGCCACCACAGUCAACCGGCGCCAUGUCUGAGCCUCCGAGGUCCCCAAAGGUGGUUCAGUCCCGACAUCAAACAGAUGGUGGGCAGGUUGACGAGUCGACCGAGAAGCUCCGGCUCAGGCCUUCCAAGCCAAUCCAGUGACAGAUUAGAUUGUGAUCACAAAAGAAAAACAAAAAAGGAGAAACAGAAAUUGUACAAAUCCCAGAAACAGCAAUCGAUUGAUUGAAUGAUCGAACUCUGAAUUCGUAUAUAAAUUCAAAUUCUUUCAUUCAA